AUGCUUUUGUGUGACCCUGUGUUAUAUGUGUCUAGCGGUGCCCGUCGCCUCCAGCCUGGUUCUACCUGCUCAUUCUCGUCCAUCGGGUCUACACUGUGUUCCUCGACCGCCAUCUCAGCGACGUCAUUCCGUUUCAGUGUAAUUGGGUGUUCGUUUGGGACAAUUUUUGAUUUUGCAGCAAUGUCUAGUAGCUCAGUUUUGGGGAGUAGUACAAUGGUGCAGCAUCAGCGCACUAAUUCCAUAUCCUUAUCCCCGUGCUCCGAAUCCUCGGAACCACGUAACGGACCGUCAUCAAACGUUCCCAUCGUACAUCAAAGGACUAAAUCGUGUCCCGUGUCAGAGUCUUCGGUUGUUGUUGGGUUUUUAUCAAGUCAAACAUCACCUCCCGAACCUCAGAAAAACUCGAAUCCCCUUUGUCCCGUACACCGGGACCGGAACAGCUCUCAAAGUUCCAUUGAUUUUGCACAUUCUCACUCUGGGGAGGGGUCGGAUCUUAGGCGAAGCAGCGUGAGCGGUAGAAGGACUUCUUCUAAUGUCGUUAAAAGCUCUAUUGCAGGUACGAGGGAAAGAAGCGAUAGUAUGCCGUCCCGAAAUCGUACCACCAGCGAAGGUGGUCAUCACGUCACUGCCGGAAUUCUUCCUUAUCCUACAAGGAUACCAUAUCACGGAUCCAGACCUCAUUCGAUGCACUCGAGAGGAUUAUCGCAUUCUCCGCCCGCUGCUUCUGGACCGUGUUCGACUGAUUCCGCCGGAUCGUCGGUUUCCAUCGACGAAGGAGAACUUGAUUUAAUUGGAACGGCUACAUCUCCUCGCUACGGUCAUUCUUCCACUCCCGACGAGCCAGCCAUCAUAGAAGAAAAUACCAAUGAUUACUGUCACUGGGCUCAAGAAAAUGGAGAAUCAAGAAAAGUCGAUGACUACGUCACCAUGGAGCGCCCUGCACCUUCGUUAUCGUUGGCCAUUCAUUCGGGAGGAGUUCAGAGAAAAAUUUCAGCUCCCGCCUCGUUGAAAUCUAAUUCUCCUUUGCAUUCGUUCAUUGAUAUAUGUAGCCCUUGUGGUUCUAGUCCUUUGGAAACAGGGAAUUAUUUGCCGAUGAGUCCGGGAGAAAGCGGUCGACGUUUAACAGUGACCGGUCCCCCGUACCCGUCGAACCACAGUCGGGACAGUAGUCUAGCGGAAGAAACCGUCGAUGACUACGUUCCCAUGGCACCGAAUCCGACGGAUGAUGGCUACGUCGAUAUGGAACCACUCUCCGGUCAUCGUUUGCAAAGCGAAGAUUGCCAUCAUUCGGACAUGUCUCCGGGAAGUAGUUGUUCCUUCACAUCGGGCACACCGUCAACUGAUUUAAGAUUUUCAGAAUAUCAUUUGGAAAAAGUUUCAUCUUAUUUGACUCCGUCUGAAGAAGAUGAAUUGUCUCUUACGGACAGGCCCUCGAGAACGUAUUCUUUCGGAUCCCAAUCGGAAACGACUAAAAGCAAGGGAAAAAUUGAAAUAUUGAAUAGUUCGGAUGCGGGUCGAGUUCGAGCUUUUUCCGUCGGAAGCAAAUUUGUUAAACCUCGGAAUUUAACGAAGGAAUCACAUAAGCUGCCUUUAAGAAGUCAUUUUUUACCUCAAAGCACGAAAUCCUCUAGUGCACCUUUACUAAGUAGUUCGUGGUCGGGAACGUCGAGACAUAAUCAGUCUUCGAACGAUCCGAUGGCCGACCUCAUGGAAAUCGACUUCACGGAAAAUAAAAAGAAAAAGAAAAAUAAUUCGUCGAAAUUUCGAGUCACUCCCGUCAUGGAAUCCUCUCAGCUCUGCAUGGACAUGAAAAGUUCUCUCAACACGGUAACAUCGAGCGCCGAUUCCGGGUACAUGGAUAUGUCUUCGAAAUCUCCGUCGGGAGGUUUUUCGAAUUCGAAAACUCAAAACGGAAGCGACUAUUGUUCGAUUUCGCCACCCUCGGUAAUUUCCGGUUCUCCUCGAACUCAGGGAUUCAACGCACUUUUCGGAAAAUCUCCGCCCAAGCCAUUGAACAGUCAUUUCGGAAGAUCGCCUCCGAAAUUUUCUCCUUUAACUGGUUUCGACAAUAACAACUCGUCGAGCAACAAGCCUUUUUUAUCGCCUACCGAAUUGAAUCGGUCUGAACCAAAGAAUACUCGUUUAACGAAACCAGCCAUCGUGUCAUCAAGUACUUUGAAAACGAUCGGAGAAAAACCCGACGUCAAACCUCAAAAAUUUCCAACCACGUCUUCGGCCAACUUGAACAUGUAUGCUCUUUUUAAUAAAAUCCACGGUGCCGGAACUCCCGCCAAACAAUCGGGAGGUUUUAAAGACUUGCGCGCGUACAACAGUGAAAAUAUUCAAGGGAAAGACGAGCAGAAUUACAUGGAAAUGGGCGGUCGGAGUAUGAAAAAAUUCGUUCGCGCCAACAGCGAUAGAGACGUCAUUUCCGGUAAAGAAGUUUUAAACAGGAGCUUGCCAGAGGGAUACGUCGAAAUGUCGUGCGGUGGAAAAUUGACGAGAAAGUUAUCCGGAGAUAAUUUCGUCACGUCUCAUUCAUUCGACGAUUACAUGCCGAUGACGGGAGGAUCCCAACCGAUAGCGAUAAAGGGUUCGUCUUUGAUCAAUUCCACUUCCAAAGGGAGAACGCCUCCAAAAGUUCCUACGAGUUUUCUGGGUCUCGGAAAUGCGGGUCCCUUCGGCACGAAUCGUCGCAACAGUCGGAGGAAAAGCAGGAAAAAACACGAGAGACGAGAAAGCAAAGAGAACGUCAUCAUAACGCCGACGGGAUCGAAUUCUGCCAUUUUUCCAAUGUCCCUGAGCAGUCCGACUUCGCCAAAAAAAAUUACCAAAAGUUUAAAAGAACUGAAAGAAAAAUUGAACUCGACCAACAGUCCGUGCGAGUCGACGGAAACGAGUCCGAUGGAAGAAAGUUUACACGCCGAAUUGAGUCCGAACGAUGAGGACAGCCUGUACGAGGAAAUGACUCCCGGAGUGGAAUUAGAGGAAAGGUGUUUUUUGGACACGAUAGUCGAUUCCGUGCAGGAUACCGUCGAGGACGCGUCCAAAUUGUCCGGUUCGUUGAAUCGCUUGUUGCGUAUUUCCAACGACGAGGGUCCCUCAUCGAAUUACAUGAAUUUUUCUCCGCGGUCUCGUCUCUCGGAUGAUAAUUCGGGGGAUUACGCCUGCAUGAAACCGGGAGAAUUUUCAAUGGAUAAAUCAUCGCCGCGAAAUUCGAACAAUUCUCUAGGUGAUAGUAAUAGUAUAUCGAAUAGAAAGAGUGAUGAAUCUACUGCGAAUAUAACUUCAAAUGAAGCCUCUUACGGUGUUCCUUAUAGUGCCACUGCCAAUAUAUCAGAUAAUAAGUCUGACAUUGCUCAGAAAUUAACGUGUCUCCCCCACGAGAGGGGAGACGGUUUACACAUCCCGAGACUGGCCUCUAGUCAAGUAUCACAGCCUAAAACGGUCGGAAAGAAUAAAUCUCAAGAGGAAAAAAUGGACGCGUUGCAUUCUAGGUUAAAUUUAACGUCGAACGUCGGAGAUAAUUCUAGGAUAUGCGGUUCGAUCGCGAGUGUCAGCGAUUCCUCCGCUUACGGAGGAGAUUCGACCGAUCGAAAGACAAACAGUUUGAAAAUGGCGGAAAAUCACGCGAGCGUGACGAGACAGGUGUCAUCAUCUAGUUCUUCGUCGACGGAAGUGAUAAGCGUGAAAGAGGCUUCGUCUCCGGCGGUGCCGACGACGAGUUCCCUUCCUCCUUGCGUCGGCGGCGCGUCGAGGCCUUCGUCGACGAGCAGCGAAAAGGAUAUAACCUACGCUUCCCUGGAUCUCGGUCCGUCCGGGAGCGAAAGCGAAGACACCGGUCGGAGUCCGAGGAAUUUAAGAACUCAAUCGUCGGUCGCAAGCGACUCAAUGAGUUGUUGUUCCAAUCCUUCAGUUCCUUCAGAAUCUUGUUUCAAUUACGUCAAAAUAGAUUUUGAGAAAAGCGGGUCGUUGCGCACUCCGGAGUCGUCCUCGUCGACGACGACGACGACGGCAGCAACGACGUCGUCAUCGACAUCGUCAUCGUCGUUCAGUAAAAAAUUGCACUACUGA